UCGAUUGCUGAUACUUUAUUGUUUUUAUUGACUAAACAUAUACGUUGUAGAAUAAUAAUAGGAAGUCGAAAAUGUCUUCUGCUAGCGAUUCUGCAGCUGCAGAAAAGUGCUUUGAUAUUGAAAAAGUCGCAGAUUUAUUUGAAGGUAGUUUAAUUGACGAUGAUGAUGUCCGGAUGGAAGACUAUUUGGAAGCGUAUGAGGAGAUUAUGAAGUUCUUCCUACUGAUGGGCAGCGUGUUUACUUUUGUAAGCAGUGACGUGCGCAACAAACUGGAUAUACUGUACAAUCUGCGACAGCAGGACAACGAAGAUAACAAACACUUCGAUAGUAUUAAAACUAUGCUGUUGUAUGAGAAAGAAGCCAGCCUGCUGCGACAGAAAGGCUACGUGUCGGGCAGUCGCACCUUAUUGCGUCUGCAUCGUGGCUUAGAGUUUGUGUACGAGUUUCUACACCGUCUGCAAGACGUGGCAGAUGAGGAAAAGGCGCACCAUAUCUGCAAAUCAGCUUACAAUGAUACCCUAGCCAAGCAUCACCCCUUCCUUAUUCGAAAAGGUGCUCAAGUUGCAAUGUUUGCAAUACCCACGCGCGGUGAGCUCUUCAAGCGUGUCUGCAGCGAUGCGAAUGUCUCGAACGCCGUUCAAAGGCUGCCUAAUAUGUUACGGUAUAUGCAGGAUGUCUACAAUCGCACUGAUCAGCUUUAUACACUGGAGGAGCUCCAUAGCCUGCCUUAAAACUCUCAUAGGUCA